AUGGAGGGAAGCCUGAAGCAGCUCAGCCUGGGGAGGGAGUCUGGGGAGACAGGGGACAGUCAGGCCCUGGCUGAGCUCCAGGAGCUGGCCCUGAAGUGGUUCAUGGAGACACAGGCCCCCUUCAUCCUGCAGAAUGGUGCCCUGCCCGCCUGGUUUCAUGGAUUCAUCACCCGCAAGGAGACGGAGCAACUACUCAGGGACAAAGCUCUUGGUUCCUUCCUCAUCCGACUCAGUGACCGGGCUGCUGGCUACAUCUUGUCCUACAGGGGUAGUGAUCGCUGCCGGCAUUUUGUCAUCAACCAACUCCGAAACCGUCGAUACCUGAUCUCAGGCGACACCCUCAGCCACAGCACCCUGACUGAGCUGGUGCGCCAUUACCAGGAAGUGCAGUUCGAGCCCUUUGGGGAGACCUUGGCUGCUGCCUGCCCUCGGCCGGAGGACAAUGAUUUGUAUGAUGCCAUCACCCUGGGCCUCCGCCAGACCAACCUGGGCCUGGAAAAUCCAUCCACACCCCUCACAGUGAUCCCCAACAAAGCUGCCAGCCCCUGUCCCUCUGCAAAGCCCCAGAUCUCCUUCCUGCACACAAAGAAGAGUCUGGAUGUGAGUCCCUGGAACCCCUCCGAGGAGGAAAGCAUGAAGACCCCCAUCAGAGUACCCCCACUCCCUGAGAGGAGCACCUCCCUCCUGGACGAGUCUUUUUCAGGCCCCAAUGACAUCAUCUAUGCAGACUUGAAGAAGAUGAACCAGGCACGGCUAGGCCUGGGCACCGAGGCAUCCGCCAGGCAUGGGCCAGUUCCAGCUGACGGCCAAGCCUGCUCCCCAGGUGGGGAGGUUCUGAAGAGACCUUCAGAUGGAGACCAGAAUAGACUGGAUGACCCAGGCCUUGCCCUCUCUGGGGUGAGCCCAGACCAGGGCCCUACAGUGUCUUCCACUUCCUGGGGGUUCCUUCUGGCCCCAAGUUCUGAGGCCCUGGGAUCUCGGGCUGCUACCUGGAGGCAGGGGUUUCUGAAACAGGACCACGAGUCUCAGUCCUGCUCCCAGGGCAGCUCUGCGGAUUCCUAUGAGCUUGUUGGGACAGCAGGCCUCCUGCAGGAGGCCAGGGACCCACCAAACCAAGGAGGCAGUCCUUAUGAGCAGAUCCCAGCUUGCUGGAGUGGCCCAGCCAGGCCUCCGCAUUCUGGGACCAGUCCCACAUAUAGCAAACUGUCAAGGCCCAUGGACUGUGGCUAUGAGAAGAUCUUGGGGACCCCAGGGCUCCCAGAGCCUGGGAACACCUAUGAGCAAAUCCCAGCAGCCAAGAGCAAGGAGACUGGACGAACACACAAGCCUGACAAGCUCCGGAGGCUCUUCUUCACAGACAAGAAGGCUAAAUUCUGAGGAGGGCCAGUGAGUUUCCUGAUAUCCAGGCUAUGCCAGGGAUUAUUGCAAAGCCGUCAGCUCACCUGCAGGGUGGCCCUCG